AUGUCCCGACAUGGGCUAGGCACGGCCAUGGGCAGCAAGGCGGCAAGAAUUGCAGCGGCCCAAAAUGGGGCCCAAAAGGAGUACAUCGGAGAAUUGGAGCCGAUCCGCCUGGAAUGGAAUGUGUUUUCACACACACCCGUGGCUCCAGCCGCUCCAGAUUCCGAUGUUCCCAAGCCCGAGACACCUCGCGAGCUCAAGGAUGCGGUCCUCUUGCUGGGAGGUGAGAUACCUCAGGUACCUCCGGUACCUCAGCUACCUCGGGUACCGCAGAUACCUCCCCUGCAAAGGCCGCAGCCAGAAGCGCAGGCAUCUCCGGCGGCAGCGCAGCAGCGGGCCCAGGCAGCCCAGGCAGCCCAGGCAGCCCAGGCAGCCCAGGCACAGACACAGCCAGAGCCCGCAACAUCCGCAACGCAAGAGCAGAACAGAACAAACUCUUGCCCAGCAACGCAAGCAUCGCAUGCAGGGCAUGCCCAGACUCCGCCUCCUCCAAGCGGUGGGCAAGAGGGGCAGAACACGGCCCAAGCAACGCACGCUCAGGCAGAGUGGGCCCAGGCCCACGCUGCACCGCAGCGGCCUCGGAGCGCGCCCGAAACAGCAAGCCACACAGCCCCGGCCCCUGACACCACCCCUACGCAGACGCCUGGGCACCCACCAGCCACGCCGAGCCAUGCAGGACACUCGCACCCUGCUCAGCCAAGCGCGGCUGAGUCGGAUGCGCAAGUCAGGCAGAGGCGGCAUCUCGCCGUUGAGGUGGAUCGCAUCUUGUAUCUGAAAGCGCAUGGCCUGGCCCAUGACUUCGAGCGGAUUUUGCAACUGCCACCCUUAUUCCAAUCAGCAGAGCUGGAACGGAAGAAGCGCCAGAUGUUGCUCACACUGCACCCAGAUAAGACUGGUCCAAUAGCCGCAGCCGCUGGUGGUCCACAACGCUGCGGGGAGGCUUUCAGAAUCGCCUUUGCAGCUUACGAGGCAGCCAAAGCCUUCCUCUCCCGCCCUCCUCCUCCUCCUAUUCCUCCUCAAGCCCAGCCCACUUCUUCGUAUGCGACUUCGCAUUCUGGGACUGCAAACCAAGCAGAAGUCAGUCUUGGCCUGGGCUGUGCACACCAAGGCUGCCAGUACACCGUCACCAAGGUGGCCUUCGGAGGCUUCUGCUGCAAGAAGUGCCAUCUGGCCUACGUUCAAGGGAUGCCCAGUGAGCACGGACACAGGUGCGACCGAACCCGCGGUCUCAACCUGAGAAAAGCGAACCCCGUCGCCCCUGAAAGGCCCAUCCCGCCUCAGACGCCCACAGCCGCACACUCCGGCUGGCCGUAG